CAAUUCAUUGGUUUCAUCGCUUUCAUGUGGGUUGACAAAAUACAUUCCGAUACGGACGAUUAUUGUCGCUUGUUUAAAUUGAAAGACUUUCGAUCUCCCUUUAGACUGGCUGCAUUCUACUGUUCAUUUUCAAGCUAAGAAAUGGAUCAUUCUGAGGUAAUCCUGACUCUAACACAAGCAGAUGCUUUAAAUAAAGUGUUCAAGUUUGCUGAUGUAGAGGAAACAGGUCAAGUAGAUGUUGCUACUAUUGCAACACUAGCUGUCCAGUUAAUGGGAACUGACUUUAAUGAGUCAGAGAAAGAGCUGGUGAACAAGAAAGCUGAAGUAAAAGCUGAAAAAGGUAUGCUUUCCUAUGCAAAUUUCCUCGAAAUAAUGCAACAAACUAUGGCAACAACGACUCACUGGGGUGCGAAAUUGAAAACUCCGGUGGAUUCUUCAGUUGGAUUUGAUUCUAUUCAAGAGCAGUUACGAUUAAAAGCACUUAAACGAGGAUUUGAAUUCAACAUUAUGGUAGUAGGAUCAUCUGGGCUUGGAAAAUCAACUCUGAUAAAUACCUUAUUCAAAACAAAAGCAAGUAGAUCUACUUGCACUGAAAAUUUUAAUGGCAUUCCAAAAACAGUGCAAAUAAAAACAGUGACCCAUGUCUUGGAGGAAAAGGGUGUAAAUUUGAAGCUAACAGUCACAGAUACUCCUGGUUUUGGUGAUCAAAUAAACAAUGCUAACUGCUGGGAGCCAGUUGUUGGCUACAUCAACGAACAGUAUGACAAGUAUCUCAAGGAAGAACUUAGUAUCAAUCGACGAACGAGGAUUCCAGACAACAGAGUGCACUGCUGCUUGUAUUUCAUUGCACCAACUGGUCAUAGGUUGAAACCACUUGAUAUAUCAGUCAUGAAGCAGUUAGAUAAAUGUGUUAAUGUUAUUCCUGUCAUCUCAAAAGCGGAUACGCUGACCUUGGAAGAAAGGGAAGCGUUCAAAAAGCGAAUUCGUGAGGAUAUCCAUUUUAACAACGUCACAAUAUACCCAGUUGUCCACAAUGAUCUAACCGAUGAUGAAAUGAAAGUCAACAACAAAAUCAAGGACCAAAUUCCAUUUGCCGUUGUUGGAAGUGACAAGUAUGUAAAUGUUGGAGGAAAAAAUGUCCUCGGUCGAAAAACACGAUGGGGAGUCGUUGAAGUUGAAAAUAGAAUGCACUGCGAAUUUUCGAUGCUUCGAGACAUGCUUAUCAAGACUCACAUGCAAGACAUGAUUGAAGUGACUGCCUCCAUUCAUUUUGAAAAUUACAGACGAGCAAAGCUUACAGAAAUGCAUAACAAAUCGAUAAAGUAACCUUGGAAAUCAUAGAAAAACUAACAGAAUUUUUAACCAACUGGAAAUUCUAUGUGUAUAUGGACGUAUCGUUUUCAUAGAUUCA